AUGUCUGAUUCAGGAAGAAAAAAUUUUGGUGACAAGAUCUCAGAAGGCAUCCAGCCAGAUAGUGACAAGAGUAACGUGCAGAAAGUGAAGGAAGGUGUUACUGAUACUGCUGACAAGCUUGCUGGUAAGACUCAAAGAGAGGAAGACAAGGGUUUGUUCCAGAAGAUUUCUGAUACCCUAGGCGGCAAGAAGUGA